CAUUUGUAACCGUCUCCUCUACUUUCACGAACCCAACAAUCGCUUCGCUUCGAUAACCCAACUUUCCCGCUCUAUAAACAAGAAAAUUUAGAUUAGGAACAAGAAAUUACAGACUCAGAGAGUUAUAGAGGAAAAAUGGCUGUUGAGACAGUAGCACCAGCACCCUUACCAACACCGGCAACCGCACCCACUGGAACACCCACUGAGAUGUCCGUCGCUGUUCAAGCACAGCAGAAGAAGAACAGGAUUCAAGUGUCCAACACCAAGAAGCCGCUCUUCUUUUAUGUCAAUCUCGCUAAGAGGUAUAUGCAGCAACAUGAUGAGGUUGAGCUUUCUGCCUUGGGCAUGGCAAUUACCACCGUUGUCACAAUUGCUGAGAUAUUGAAGAAUAAUGGAUUAGCCACCGAGAAGAAAGUUUUGACAUCUACAGUAGGCAUGAAAGAUGAAAACAAAGGACGACUGGUUCAGAAGGCCAAGAUUGAGAUAGUGUUAGGGAAGUCCGAGAAAUUUGAUAGUCUGAUGGAUGCUGCCAAUACAACCCCAGAGGAGGACUCCAAAGACAAGGAAUGAAGAGACACAACGGAGCAGCAAUGCUGACUUUACCUAGUAGUUCUAAGUAGGAAGGAUAUAUAGAUAGGUAUUGGCAUAAUGGAGCCAGUUGCACUUGUAUGUGCCUCUCUGCAACUCUUCAGAGUUGUACAGAUAUAUAUGUUAUUAAACCUUUUCUUUCUGCACAUGUAUCUUUUAUGCCUAAUUACAAGGAAAUUGUACCUUAUUUUUUUGAACGAUCUUGUUGCUUACGAAUAAUUUCGAUACAUUAAAUUUUCAAAUGAUAAUCUUUAAUUAUAUGAUAA